CGCCGCCAUGGACCUCCCGGCCGCCACGGGCGGAGGCCGGCGCACGAGCUACUCGCUCCUCUCGCAGUUCCCCGACGACCCGGCGGCGCCGGCCGUCCUGCAGCGCCAGUCCAGCGGCGGCAGCAGCUACGGGCCCGGGAGCUCCGUCUCCGGCUCCAGCGACUACCCCUUCAACCACCACCUCCCCCCCGCCUCGGCCGCCCCCGCCGCCGCCUCCGGGGGCACGCCCAAGAGCUGGGCGCAGCAGGCGGAGGAGACGUACCAGCUGCAGCUCGCCCUCGCGCUCCGCCUCUGCGCCGACGCCGCCUGCGCCGCCGACCCGGGAUUCCUCGACCCCGGGGACGGCAAGAUGAUGGGCGGGCCCGGGCCCGGGGGGAGUGGGAGCAGCGGCAGGGCGUUCCCGCUCGCGCCGCCCACGCCCACCGCCGAGGCGCUCUCGCACCGCUUCUGGGUAAAUGGCUCGUUAUCAUACAGCAACACGAUACCAGACGGGUUCUACCUCAUCCAAGGGAUGGACCCCUUCGUGUGGUCGAUGUGCACCGACGUGCACGAGGAGAACCGCAUACCCUCUGUGGAGUCGCUCAGGUCCGUCCGCCCCGGCGACUCCUCCAUCCAGGUGGUCCUCGUCGACAGGAGGGCCGACUUCGAUCUGGGGAUGCUGGAGAAUUAUGCGGCCAGCUUCCUGUCCAGCUCUGCCGACAUCAAGGAUGUGAUCAACCAGCUGGCCAAACUCGUGUCUUCCAGAAUGGGGGGUACAGCUUCCAAUGAAGAAAACCUGCUUCCACGCUGGAAGGAGAGCAGCGAGGCGAUCACGUCGAGUUCAGGAUCUAUUGUGCUUCAUCUGGGGAAGUUGCCGAUUGGUCUCUGCAAGCAGCGCUCUUUGCUUUUCAAAAUGUUAGCAGAUAAAGUCAACGUACCAUGCAGAUUAGUCAAGGGUUGUAAAUACUGCAAAGCUGAGGACGCCUCCUCCUGUGUUGUACGUUUUGGGCUUGAAAGGGAAUACUUGGUUGACUUAAUCGGGGAGCCUGGCCAACUAUCUGAUCCUGAUUCCUUUGUCAAUGGCCCCUACUCGCUAUCAGUGCCAUCACCUCUCCGUCCUCCAAAAUUUAGGUCAUUAGAGAUCACUUCAAAUUUCAGCUCAGUUGCCAAGCAAUACUUCUCAGAUUGUCACUCGCUCAAUCUAUUGUUCAGCGAUGCUUCCACAGGUGCUUCUAGUGGUGCUGCAGUUGCUGUGGACCAAAUGUAUUCGAAGAAACAUGAUGCAGGGGAUGGGAUUGCGAGCGGCUGGGUGCCGGUGAAAGGGCAACCAACUAUAAACUCGGACAUUAUUCUGCCAGAAGCUCCUCGGGAGAUUUUGCCACUUAUGACUUCCUCCAAUUUAACAGCUGAUAAAAAGAAAGAAUUUCAGCUACUCGAGGGGAAUCAGUAUCUACGGAGUACAGUAAGUGAUCUGUCACUUGCUGUGGAUGAUCUGAUAAUUCCAUGGAGUGAGCUGGUUUUAAAGGAGAAGAUUGGAGCAGGUUCUUUUGGAACAGUUCAUCGUGCUGACUGGCAUGGAUCGGAUGUUGCUGUGAAGAUACUGAUGGAGCAGGAUUAUCAUCUAGAUCGCUUCAGAGAAUUUAUGAGAGAGGUCGCAAUAAUGAAAAGUCUGAGGCAUCCAAAUAUUGUUCUCUUCAUGGGUGCUGUUACUGAACCCCCAAACCUAUCAAUAGUUACGGAAUACUUGUCAAGAGGUAGCUUGUAUAAACUUUUGCAUAGGACUGGUGCAAGGGAGGUUCUGGAUGAGAGGCGCCGUUUGAACAUGGCGUUCGAUGUGGCGAAGGGAAUGAACUAUCUGCAUAGACGUAGCCCCCCUAUCGUUCACCGUGAUUUGAAGUCUCCAAAUCUUCUAGUCGACAAGAAGUAUACUGUGAAGGUAUGUGACUUUGGCCUUUCACGACUGAAAGCCAACACCUAUCUGUCCUCGAAGUCUUUGGCCGGAACUCCUGAAUGGAUGGCGCCUGAAGUGCUUCGAGAUGAGCCGUCCAAUGAGAAGUCUGAUGUCUACAGUUUCGCUGUGAUCCUAUGGGAACUUAUGACAUUACAACAACCAUGGUGCAACCUGAAUCCUGCCCAGGUAGUUGCUGCUGUAGGCUUUAAAGGAAGAAGACUUGAAAUUCCAAUAGAUUUGAAUCCUCAAGUAGCUGCGUUGAUCGAAUCCUGCUGGGCUAAUGAGCCAUGGAAGAGACCCUCAUUUGCUAAUAUCAUGGAAACUUUGAGACCUUUGAUUAAUAAGGUUGCGGUGCCGCAGUUGCUCCGUUCAGACUCAUACCGGCCCGCCCAGCCCCGCCCCGCCGCCAUGCGCGCCUCCAUGGACGCCCCCUCGGCCCGCAGAUCCGCCGCGCCGGACCCGGGCGCCGCCCCCAAGAAGCCGCGGCUCCUCGCGCCCCCGCCGUCCAGGGACCCCAGAUCCUCCUACGCCGCCGCCGCCAACGGUGCCAGAGCGACCGCGGAUGCGGCUGCGGCCGCCGCGGCGGUGGCGGAGCAGCAGGCGCAGGUGGACGAGCUGGUGGCGCAGUACCGGACGGCGCUCGGGGAGCUCACCUUCAACUCCAAGCCCAUCAUCACCAACCUCACCAUCAUCGCCGGCGAGAACCUCCACGCCACCAGGGCCAUCGCCGCCCUCGUCUGCAACAACAUCCUCGAGGUUCCAAGUGAUCAGAAGCUACCAUCUCUUUAUCUGCUUGACAGUAUAGUCAAGAAUAUUGGAAAAGAUUAUAUUAAACAUUUUUCUGCAAGAUUACCUGAGGUUUUUUGCAAGGCAUAUAAACAGGUUGAUCCUCCUGUACAUUCUAGCAUGAGGCACCUUUUUGGAACAUGGAAAGGAGUGUUUUCUCCAGCUUCACUUCAAAUGAUUGAAAAGGAACUUGGUUUUCAAUCAUCUACUAAUGGAUCUUCAGGUUCUGCAGCAUCAAAGCCUGAUUCUCAAUCCCAGCGCCCAUCCCACAGCAUUCAUGUUAACCCCAAAUAUUUGGAAGCAAGACAACAGCUCCAACAACCAAAUAAGGGGCUACUGGGAGCCGGUGCCAAGACGGCAAUAAUUUCUGAUGAUGAUGAUGAUGUCGACAGGGUUAACACAAUAGCUAUUGACAAAGGUGUAGGGAGACGGCUGGAUAAUCUUAACUCUAGACCCCGCGCUCAGAGGGACCCUUUUAGUAAUCCUAUUCAUGAGAAGCCAGAUAGAGAUAUCAGGGGCCUUGGAUUUUCCAGCAUCUCACAACAGCCUGUUGGAGCUGGUCAAGUUCGUUCAAAGUCCAAAGGCCAAGAUGGAAUCGGGGGAUCAUAUUAUACUGGAGGUGUUAGUUCUUCUGAAGAGCAAUUUGACAGACGCAGCAACUUUUAUGCAAAUAAAGAUACUCGGCCUCCAGGAUCUGAUCGUUUUGUCUCUGCACUUCUACCAACUCCUGUUAGUACUUCUGAUAGGACUGGUAGGCUGUCAGCUAACAAAAGCUGGAAGAACUCUGAGGAAGAAGAGUACAUGUGGGAUGAUUUACAUACUCAAGGAGCAGAUUAUGGAGUUGCCAGUUCUGCAAGAAAAGGAGAAUUGAUGGCUGAUGAUGGCAAUAUUUCAAGCUUUCAGAGGGCUAAAUGGUCAGAGCUGGGAGACCAUUUGGACCCUGACUUCCGCAAACAAGAUACCAUCCCUAGAUUUGGACAUGAAACAGGCCAAGAUAGAAGAAUCGCAGCAUAUAUGGAUCGUGAAGAGUACCUUCACAGCAAGCGUGAGUUGGAACCAAGAAUAGAUAGGGAAAUGUGGCCUGAAGGACAACAGUUUCCAGAUUCUCGUGUUUCCUCUCUCUGGUCAUCCCAGGAGAAAACUCGCCCAGACAUUGCGCGGGAUCCCAGGAUAUCAAGAUUUUCCAACCAGUCAGCAAGCAUCACUUCAUCUGUACCUGUAGGAUUAUCAGGAGCCUAUGCUGGACGGUCAAGCCUGGAAAGUGCAACUAGUGGUCCUACAACUUUUGGGCAACAAAAACAUAAACAGUGGUCACCUUCCCCGCCACCUGUCCAGGCACCUUCAUCUACUGCAUCAUUUGCGCGCCAGAGCUCCCCAAGCUCUGUGGAGCAUGAUAUGUAUGCUUCCAGAUCAUCUUUCCUAUUGAGCCAAAAUCCCCUGGAGGAACAUAACCAAAGAACUCAUGCCUUGUCUCAAGGUGCUACGCACUCUCAGGGCCGGCCUAAUCUUCAAGCAACACCACCACAUACUUCCUCGCAGACUCAGAAGCACCCUUCUGUUCUGUCAAAGCCACAUCUCAAGCCACCUAACAAUCUCUUUCCGCAAGACAGUUCAUCAUCAUCGCUGUUUAGGCCUUCUAUCCAUCUGCCACCUGAAGAAGUUCCCUUGCCCAGUGACCCAGCACAUGUAAACUCGGAUCAGGUAAGUGCUAGUAACUUGUUGGCUGGUCUUCUAAAGAGUGGAUUCAAACCGAACACAGGUGAUCAUGCUAGCUCGAGGGCACAACCUCCUCUUCCAUUUGUCAUGCCAUGUCUUCCGGCUGCCUCAGCCAGUGAAAAUGCUACUUUGAAGCCUCAUGUCCCAAACUCUGUUCGCCCACCUUUGCCACCAGGCCCGCCACCAACGCAGAAAGCUGAUAAUCCUGCACCGCUCUCAAGUCUUCUCAGUAGUCUGGUUGCAAAGGGGCUAAUUUCUUCACCGUCCACUGAUUCGUCUGCUGCGUUGCCAGGAAAGCCCAGCAAAUCAAGUCCGAGCACAUCUGGUGUCAGUGCUUCACCUCCACCUUUGCAGAUUGUCCAGCCUUCAGUUGGCAAGGAGAAAUCUGCCCCAAAAAAGACUUUGUUGCCCCAACCUGUUGAAAUCAAGACGGCUGACCUUAUCGGUCUUGAGUUCAUGCCAGCACUGCUUCGUGAGUUCCAUACGCAUGUGGUUGACAGCCUCUUUGAUGACCAAUGCCAUCAAUGUAAAUCAUGUGGUCUAAGAUUCAGACUUGAAGAGGAUCUCAGUGAACAUGCUGCCAGCCACGAAUCAGGCUCUUCCGAGCCUAGAAACAGUGGCAUCGCACCUGAAAGAUGGUACCCUAACAAGAAGCGCUGGAUUGAUAGAUCACCUGAACCGCAGGACAUCUUCCUGGACUCUGAUACAGAGUUGUGCUCUGCAGAGGAAGGUUGUGAGUUUAUGGUUCCUGCAGACGAGAGCCAGAUUAUCUGUGCACUUUGCGGGGAGCAAUUUGAGGACACAUAUUCCAUCGAUAAGGGUGAGUGGAUGUACAAGGGUGCUGUCUAUUAUGAUUACUCAAAGGUAGAAAGCAACCGCGGUGGCGUUGUGAAGAGUCAAGAGCGUGCACCCAUUGUCCAUGGAAGAUGCAUGCCAAGGAUUGCAGACGAUGGCAUGGAGGAGGAUUAGUAUUAUUGGCAUACACAGCAGCAGGAACACCAGCAAACAACAACUGAGAUCAUGACAUUGAGGUUCAUUUGCACGAGGGCAAUGUCACCAUUGAUUACAUAUGGAGGCUCAUUUGCACGAGGGCAAUGUGCAGCAGCGAUCAAUAUAUACUGCAGCAGCUAGGUGGAUUAGCGCGAAGCAUCAGCGAAUUUUUUGGUCGACUCGUCCCUCAGAUGUCACCAUUUCAUCGUGUAGAAAAGGUGUUUACAGAAAGAAUAAACGCCCAGUCAUUAGUCGGGGGCAUUUCGAUCCCCCUGGUGGGUCAAAUUUUUGGUGGGGGUUCUGAUUACAUGUGUUUGAUCUUUCUGUUCAUAUAGGAUGCCAUGUAUGCUAAGAGUGUAUUGUUUGUUUGGUAACCAGGAAGGGUGAAACAGGUGAUGCCGACAGAGUUACUGCUGUAUCUUGACAACUUUCCUGUAGAGUCUCCAUAUGUAGUGGUUUUUGUACUUAAAACCAAACUGACAAUAGAACAAGUUCAUCAGUCCUUUGCUUGCUUUGCUUGACUGUCAUUGUUUUUACUGGUGGCACUCGGUUGUGGUAACCAUGUGUUGUUCUACUAUAUUGCAUUCGGUUGAAUGUAUGCAGUAUUCUGCGUCUGGGCAUGCUAUGUUUGUAAGACGUUUUUCUUGUUUGAAAGGCAGAUGUGUUGGUACAUACUUUUAUGCCCUCUUUCAUAUUUUGUUUGAAGGCAGUUGUGAGCUGAAUGUACACAAGAUUCUAUA